AUGGAGAUUGAACAUGAAAAGUUGCAAAAGAAGAGAGUUGCAAUUAUUGGGGCAGGUGCUAGUGGAAUUCCUGCUGCUAGAGAAGCUCUUGACCAUGGUUGGCUUCCUUUUGUGUUCGAAUCUUCAACAGAUAUUGGGGGUCUUUGGAGAUACAAACCCUAUGAAACUGAAGGUAAAGGAGCUUAG